AUGAGUUAUAUGGUCAUUCAUACCUUACCAAUAUUAGCUGUGGUUACCAAUGCAUUAAUUUUACUUGUUGUUCUGACGAAUUCGCAACUAAAUUGUUCGUCAUUUUCUGUUUAUAUUAAGUCAAUGGCCAUAUCAGAUACACUUGUUCUUGUACUUAAAUUACUAUCUUAUGAAAAUAAAACGUCACAAGCAUUUUAUUCGCCAUCUAUGUGUACUGGUUUAAUAUUUCUUAGUGAUGCUAUUGUUUUGUUUCCGUUACGUAUUAAAAAAUUUCUCUCGGCAGUUCGCGCUCGAAUAUUGAUUAUAUUAAUAACCAUUUUGAGUAUAAUAUUUUCCACUCGCGUUUUAUAUAUACCAAUUGACAUUUCACCAGAACAAAACAAACGCUGUCAUCCAAUAUCAAGUUGGCAAAAAUAUCGACGACUAAAUGCAACAAUAACUGAAUUUACUGUUUGUUUUAUUCCAUUAACAAUUGUUAUUAUUGGGUAUUGUAUAACAUUACAUACAGCUAAACAAGUUAUAUUUCGACGACAUCGACAUUUAACAAAUCAUGUUUAUCGCGGAAAACCAAAAUCUGAAGCAAAUGAAAGUCAAUUAAUGCUUAUGUUAUUAAUUGUCACAAUAAUGUUUACGGUUUAUUUUUUACCAUUUACGAUAAUAAAUAUUAUAUCAAAAUGGGGUUUACCAUUUGAUUUAUGUUUUACAGAAGAAUCUUUUGAAAUUUAUUUCAUUGUACGUUCACUUUGUGAAUUUUUAAAAGAUUUAAAUUUUUGUACAAACUUUAUUAUUUAUUGUAUAAGUGGACGUAGAUUUCGUCAUGCAUUUUUUUCACUUAUUCAUCGUUGUAAUCGUUUCUUUUCCAAAUCGUAUCGUUUUAAGAACAGAAAACAAACUAGUGAACAAUUAUUGGAAACCAAUGUACAAAAAACCUAUUGUUUAAAUCUAAAGCAAAUAUAUAAAGAGUCACAAGUUUAA